AGGUGUGGAAAGUACACUCGAGGUAGAAAACACUUGUGUACCUAAAGAAGAAAACAUGAUGCUAUAAACUGACACAAGGUCAAGGGAGGUAAAUGACCCGAAAGUCAGUUCCAGUUACUGUGCGGCGAUUCCUGUUCAGCCCUUGGCAAGCAUUGGCAAUAAGCAACAAGCAGCUGUAUCUUGGCCCGGAUCGGAAAUCGGGAUAUCAAAAGAUACAAACGUCCCAUCAGCACAGAAAACAUCAGACCAGAAUCCCAGGCUCGGAUCCAAAGCCCAGACUAGUUUACCUAGGUAGACCCGCCCGACAAAAGUCACAACCCUCACUCAGAUCACCCACUCACUCAGCACCGAAACCCAAGCCAUCCCACUCUCUCGACCCGAAACCCACAACAUCCACGAUCCCUGCCACUAGGUGGUUCUCACCUCUUUUUUCGACACACAGAAGUGGCCCUGAUCUGGUCACACAUUCAUCUGUCUGUUUUCUCAAGCCCCAGUUUUUGAUAUAUGCUGCGAUCAGAAAGAGAGAAAGGCUAGGUAUAUCGAUCAUCUUGACUAGCAAUCACCGGCUAUCCAUCGUGCCACCACCUUCCCGUCUUGUUCAUACUGCGUUCCUGGACUGGGAGAACACACACACACACCUACACCUACACACAGACAUAUCCUAACCCUCGUCCUCUUUUCCUUCUUCCCUCCCCGUCCAUCUGGGUGUGACAUCCCAGGCCGGCCUAGACUGAUCGGUACUUUUCCAGAAGUACCUUCCGUCCUCACCUUGCAUGCUCCUCCUCCAUCGCACUCGCACACGCCCGCAAAUACACGCACACACACACACACACACCCCAUCGAAACCAUAAGUUUUGAGAAGUACCUGUACCACCAGGGUCAGUCACCACC